UAUUCUUUUAUAUUAAAAAAAAUGUCCAUUUUAUUAAUAUUAUUAAUUAUUUUGCUGUCAUUAGUUUUGUAUCUUGUAAACGCUUUGCGAAAACAUUACAAAUAUUGGCAAAAUUUGGGCAUAGACUGUGAUGAGCCCAGCUGGAUAUUUGGCAGCUUCAAGGGAGCUGUAACAGAGCGCACUUUCCUUGAUAUCAUACAGGAUCAUUAUUACAAAUACAAAAAUAAGGGACCAUUUGCGGGUUUCUAUUGGUUCUAUAGACCGGCGGUGUUUGUAACGGAUAUGGCUUUGAUAAAACAGAUAUUGAUAAAGGAUUUCAAUAAAUUUUCGGAUCGUGGUUUGUUUGUGAAUGAAGAAGAUGAUCCUUUGUCUGGGCAUCUGUUCAAUUUGGAGGGUCACAAAUGGCGUAUAAUGAGAAGUAAACUGUCGCCCACUUUUACCUCGGGCAAAAUGAAAUUUAUGUUUCCCACUGUGGUUAAGGUGGCUCAGCAGCUGGAGCUGGCUUUUGCCAAAAUUGUGGAAAAGGAUAGCAAAGUAGAAAUACGGGAUAUAGUGUCGCGUUAUACUACCGAUGUUAUAGGUACUUGCGCCUUUGGUUUGGAGUGCAAUAGCUUAACUGAUCCCCAGGCCAAGUUUCAUGUUAUGAGUAAACGAGCUUUGCUGGAAAAUCAUUUGGGUAACUUUGGUGUGGCCUUUAGAUUUAGCUUUCCAAAAUUGGCUAAGCGCUUGCGCAUGCGUGAUACUGUGCAUGAGAUAGAAGACUUCUUUAUGGGCAUAGUUAAGGACACUGUAAAAUAUCGCGAGGAUAAUCAAGUGAAACGUAAUGAUUUUAUGAAUUUAUUGCUGGAACUGAAAAAUAAUAAAGUUAUGAAGACUGAAGGUGGCGAAGAUUUUACCAAUUUGUCGUUAAAAGAAGUAGCUGCCCAGGCUUUUAUCUUUUUGGUAGCUGGCUCAGAUACUUCAUCCACCACCAUGUCUUUUGCUUUGUAUGAAUUGGCCUUGAAUCAAGAUAUUCAAGAGAAAGCUAGACAGGAAGUUAAUCGUGUUCUAGAGUUACACAAUCAGGAGUUUAGCUAUGAGUGCAUGAGCGAAUUGAAAUAUUUGGAACAAAUUAUACAAGAAACCCUUAGACUUUAUUGUCCUUUACCCGCCUUAAAUCGUGUAGCUUUGGAAGACUAUGUGGUGCCUGGCCAUCCCAAUUUUGUAAUUAAAAAAGACAUGCCUGUUGUUAUACCCGCCAUUUCAAUACAUCGCGAUGAACAAUACUUCCCCAAUCCUGAUAAAUUUAAUCCCGAGAACUUUUCUGCCGAUCAGGUGGCUCUUAGAGAUUCUGUGUUGUAUUUACCGUUUGGAGAAGGUCCCCGCAACUGCAUUGGCAGUCGUUUUGGCAAAAUGCAAAUAAUAAUUGGCUUGGCUUUGCUAUUGAAAAAUUUCAAAUUCUGUGCCUGCCAGGAGACUCUGAUACCUAUGAAAUAUGACAAGGAAAAUUUCAUGGUUACACCCGAUGGUAAUUUAUAUUUGAAGGCCACUAAAGUGUAAAGAAGUUAAAAUUAAUAAAAUAAUUUUAAGAAAAAAUUGUUAAAGUAUGUUUAAGUUUUUGCUAAAAUUUAUAUUAAGUAUUUAUUGUAAAUUUAAUUUAAGUUAUUUUUAUAACCC